GGGGCCGCGUGGCGUCAGCGCAAGAUGGCGGCCUCGGCGGCGCUGUUCCUGCGAUUGCGGAGCGGGCUCCGGCAAGGCGCGCGGGGGCUGUGUGCGAGGCUCGCGACAACGCCCCCUCGGGCCCCGGACCAGGCUGCAGAGAUUGGGAGCCGAGCAGGCACUAAGGCCCAGACCCAGGGACCACAGCAGCAGAGAAGUUCAGAGGGUCUCAGCUAUGCCAAAAAAGUCGCACUCUGGCUCGCUGGGCUGCUCGGGGCUGGUGGGACCGUGAGCGUCAUCUAUAUCUUCGGAAACAACUCUGUGGAUGAAAAUGGUGCCAAGAUUCCUGAUGAAUUCGACAACGAUCCAAUUCUGGUACAGCAGUUGCGCCGGACAUACAAAUAUUUCAAAGAUUACAGACAGAUGAUCAUCGAGCCCACCAGCCCCUGCCUUCUCCCAGACCCUCUGCGGGAGCCGUACUACCAGCCGCCAUACACACUGGUCUUGGAGCUCACUGGCGUCCUCUUGCACCCUGAGUGGUCGCUAGCCACUGGCUGGAGGUUUAAGAAGCGUCCAGGCAUUGAGACCUUAUUCCAGCAGCUCGCCCCUUUGUAUGAAAUUGUCAUCUUUACGUCGGAGACUGGCAUGACUGCCUUUCCACUCAUUGACAGCGUGGACCCCCACGGCUUCAUCUCCUACCGCCUGUUCCGGGACGCCACGAGAUACAUGGAUGGGCACCAUGUUAAGGACAUUUCCUGUCUGAAUCGGGACCCGGCCCGAGUAGUAGUUGUGGACUGCAAGAAGGAAGCGUUCCGCCUACAGCCCUACAACGGCGUCGCCCUGCGGCCCUGGGAUGGCAACUCUGACGACCGGGUCUUAUUGGACCUGUCUGCCUUCCUCAAGACCAUUGCUUUGAAUGGUGUGGAGGAUGUUCGAACUGUGCUGGAGCACUACGCCCUGGAGGAAGACCCACUGGAGGCUUUCAAACAGCGGCAGAGCCGGCUAGAGCAGGAGGAACAGCAGCGCCUGGCCGAACUCUCCAAAUCCAGCAAGCAGAAUCUCUUCUUCAGCUCUCUCACCAGCCGCUUGUGGCCUCGCUCCAAACAGCCCUGACCUCUGAGCCUCCGCAAACUCAGUGCCUGGGUUCCAGGCCCGAGGCCCAGCGUUCCCAGACCAUGGCUUGGGCAACCACGUGUCCAAUAAAGUUAAUUCCAGACGCCA